AUGCCUAAGUGUCAACAGUAUAGGUACAUUCUCCUGAUAGUGGACAAGCUGACCAAAUGGCCAGAAGCAUUCCUGGCUAAAAGAAACGAUGCAGCUUUUGUAGCAAAAGUGUUAUUAAAGGAGAUAGUUCCAAGGUUCUCUAUACCAUCAGUAAUUUCAUCUGACUCUGGGGGAGACUGUUUACAACUAAAGGAGUUCCCUGCAAGCUGCUUUGUCCAAGAAAAUGUUCCACCUGGUACUAGAAUCUACAACUUCAGUGUGACCUUAUCACCAUCAGCAUCAUCUGUAAGCUUGGGGUUUCCUUUGAUAAUAAAUUCAAGUCCUCUGACUCGGGCCUUCUCCAUUAAUGGAUUAUCAGGGAAAAACUUUGAAGUGGUCACCACAGGGCAGCCUCCACUCGAUUUUGAAACUAUGCCAAAAUCCUUUGAUUUGCAGAUUUACGUUAAAGAUGAAGCUGGUGCAAUGGAUUUGGGGCUCUUGACUGUCAAGUUAAAAGAUGUUAAUGAGCCUCCAAUGUUUCUAGACAACUUGGCAAAAGAAACUGUAGAGCUCUAUAUUUUGGAAGGAACAAGUCCUGGACCCAUUUACCAGAUUGAGGCAGUUGAUCCUGAGGACAAAGCCUUAAAGGAGCCUCUUCUGUUUUCCUUGAUCUCUCCACUAGAGUAUUUCAGGGUCUCUACAAAUGGCGUCUUGUUUUCCACAACAACAUUUGAUUUUGAAGCAGGAAAAAAUAGUUAUGUAAUUGAGGUGGAAAUACAGGACAGUGGGGAGCUUAAAGCCACCAGAACAUUCUUAGUAAACAUCAUAAACAUUAAUGAUGAAAGUCCUUACUUUACCAGCUCAAUAAGAGUUUACAGAAUUCCAGAGGAGCUAAGCCCUGGGACUAUCGUAGCCAACGUCACAGCCAAGGAUCCUGAUGAUGAAGACUUUAUGGGCAGACUCCUCUACCAGCUCACGACCCACAAUGAGUAUUUCAUAAUCAAUCAGUUGACUGGAACCAUUCAAAUCGCCAGCAGGAUAAAUCGAGAUGCUGGUAAAUUGAAACACAAUCCCAGUAUCUUUUUGGAAAUUCUUGUGAAGGAUAGACCCAAAGGGGGUCAGGAGAAUCGCACUCAGAUAACCUUCAUCAUUGAAGACAUCAAUGACAAUCCUUCUACGUGCAAUCAGUUUACUUUCAGCAUCUCAGUGCCUGAAAAUACCAUCAAGGGAAUGCUGCUUCUGAAUCUGGUGCAACAUUGCUUUGAUAAUGAUGCCGAAGCACCAAACAACCAGUUCAAUUUCACUGAUCUAUCUGGAGUAAGAAGCAAUGGGAAAUUUUCUCAAGAUCCAGAUGGCUCUGGGAAAAUUUUGCUCAUAGGUGAUCUAGAUUAUGAAGAUUCAAAUAAUCUAGCAGCUGGGAAUAAAUAUGUUUUAGUAAUCCAGGUGCAGGACAUCGUAUCUCCUUAUUUUAAAAGUACCAUUUACAUUUAUAUCCAGACAAUUCCAGAAAAUGAAUUCCCUCUAGUCUUUGAUAGUCCAUCCUAUUUUGAAGUUUCAGAAAUGAAGCCAGUUCAAUCACGCAUUGGGCAAGUGCAUGCAACAGAUAAAGACUAUCCUAAGAGUAACAUCACCUAUUCCAUUCUCUCUGGAGGCUCCACUGUCCAAUACACAGGCCUAUUUUGGAUUAACCCUAAAACAGGAGUGCUCCAGCUCAUGUCUAAGGCUGACUUUGAAUCAGCCCCGCUGCAUAUCCUUACAGUACGUGCUGCCACCAGAGAAAAUACUAGCACAGCCACCGUGACUGUGAAAAUUCUUGAUGAAAAUGAUGAAAAACCAACAUGUGAACCAAAUUUCUACUUCCUGGCAAUCCCUGUGGAUCUAAGAGUUGGCACAAACAUUCACAAUUUCAAACUAAUGUGUGUUGACAAAGAUUCCAGCCCCAGAUCUUUCCGCUAUUUCAUUGGCCAAGGGAACAAGAACAAUCAUUUCACUUUCUCUCCCAAUGCUGGAUCAAAUGUCACAAGCCUCCUGCUUGCAACCCCUUUUGAUUAUUCCAGUGGUUUUGAUAAAGACUGGAACUACAAGCUACUUGUCUACAUAACAGAUGACAACUUACUGACCAGUCGGAAGAAAGCGGAAGCUUUCAUUGAAACAGGAACAGUGACUCUAAAUAUCGAAGUUAUCCCUCCACCAACCACAGUCAUCACCACCACCUCCAUGCCCAGAGUCACCUACCUGAUUCAGAGGGAAAAUGUUUAUUCCUCAUCAGCUUGGUAUGUACCAUUUGUGAUUACUGUGGGCUCCAUGCUACUCUUGGUUCUCCUGGGAUACCAGUUUUUCCUACUGGUGAAAUUCAUCCGAAGACACUGCUCCUUCAAGCCCAAGGAAGACAAAGGAUUACUGGUGAAAAAAGGAGAAACCAAGAAGGCAAAGAGAGAAGUUGUGCUGGAAAUGACCAAGAUUAACACUGUCUUUGAUGGAGAAGCCCUAGACCCAGUUACUGGCAAAAUAUAUGAAUUCAACUCAAAAUCUGGAGCUAGGAAGUGGAAAAACCCAUCCAUCCAGAUAUGGUCAGGAGAGAAAGACUUGAGUGAACAAGUCUCUGUUUGGACUGUGGCAAAUGAUGGUGAAGGGAUGAAACCCCUGGAAAGGAUCACCAAGGAAGGAGAGGGGAAGAACGAGCAAAUGGAAGCCAAUGACAUCCGUGUGGGGCUCAAAAGCGAGGAAGGGAAGGUAGAAACAGCACAAAGUCUAGGAACCCCUAAGCUUCAGAAAUCCAAAGAAGGAAUAACACGGCAGGGGUCUUCCCCAAUCCUCAUAGGCAGGGCUUCCCCCAAAAUACACCCCCUUUCUCCAGUGAAAACCACCAAGAAGUAA